UCUUAUAAAUAUAUAUUUGAUCGUAGUGAGAGUGGAAGAGAGAAAGAAGCAGUUGCAGAGCAGAGCAGAAGAGUAGAGUGAAGCCAUGAACGCACCUGAUCGUUACGAGCGUUUCGUCGUCCCUGAAGGCACCAAAAAGGUUUCUUACGAGAGGGACACCAAGAUCAUCAAUGCGGCAUCGUUCACCAUAGAGCGAGAGGAUCACACCAUCGGAAACAUCCUCCGAAUGCAGCUUCACAGAGACCCCAAUGUGUUGUUCGCUGGAUACAAGCUUCCUCAUCCUCUUCAGUACAAAAUUAUCGUCAGGAUACACACAGCUAGUCAGUCUUCACCUAUGCAGGCAUAUAACCAAUCUAUUAAUGAUCUGGACAAGGAACUUGAUCAUUUGAAGAAUGCUUUCGAGGCAGAUAUGUUGAGGUUUUCAAGGGACUAUUGAUUUACUCUCAAGAUGGAAGUUGUGUGUGUUAGACACCUGAACAGAUAUGGAGAUAGCAGAUCACUACUGCUAAAUUGAAUUUAAAUAGAAUGUUUUGAAUGUUUUAGGAGACUUGUUAAAGAUGUUUGUGCUGGAACUAAGAAAUUCAGUUGUGAACAAUUUCAAUGUGAAAUGAAGAUUUGCAAAGUAA